GUGGCCAGAGUUUUUAGGUCUUAGCUGUCCGCAGUUGUUCUUCUAUGGGACAGGAUCUUAAAACCGUUUAGUGUACCGUGAAGAAGAGGCUGCCUAGAGGAGGUCCUUUCCAUCAGAGAUGAGGCAACCUAUGGUGUGACGUUGAGCACAGAGAUGGCGGGGGACACCAGUACGUUGUCCUGGAAACUGCCGAGCCCCCCCUGUCUGCAGGGAGACUCAGGGGCCCCUGAUCUUGGGGUUGCAAGUGAUGAGCGGCCCACCAAGAUCCUGAAGGUGUGCUUCACCAGCAACAGCUCAAACCCAGGCAAGAACUUCAAACUGGUCAAGUGUGACAGCACCUGGGAGAUCAGGGCCAUCAUCCAGUCUAUCCUGGACAGUGGUCGGCUUGGGCCAAACAUCCAGUACCCACAAUGCUUUGGGCUCCAGCUGAAGCACCUCAAAUCCCACGAGGUGCACUGGCUCCACCCAUUGAUGACUGUGGGGGAGGUGGAGCAGAAGUAUGAGCAGCAGCAUGUGGAGGCAGAGUGGAGAUAUGACCUGAGGAUCCGCUACAUCCCCAAGGACUUCUUGGAGAAGUUUAAAGGAGAUGAAACUACUCUGCUUUAUUUCUACCAGCAGGUGCGCUCUGACUACAUGCAGCACUACGCCUCCAAAGUGAGUGAUGGUAUGGCCCUACAGCUGGGCUGCUUGGAGAUACGGAGGUUUUGCAAAGACAUGACUGCCAACGGUCUGGAGAAGAAAUCGAAUUAUGAGCAGCUUGAGAAAGAUGUGGGCCUCCACCUUUUUUUCCACGAAGAGCUCAUCGACAGUAUGAAGGCCAAGCAGCUAAGGAAGAUGAUUCAGCAGACCUUCCUGCAGUACGCCACUCUGAAGGAGAUGGACUGCAUCAUGAAGUUCUUCCAGACACUCGCUGUCUUCAACAGCUGUGACGAGGAGGUCUUCGCCUGUGAACUUGUGCAAGGCUGGAGUUUGGCUGUCGAUUUGGUCAUCAGUCCCAGAGGCAUCUGCCAGCGCACAGACAAGAACUCCACGCCCGUCUGCCUUGCGACCUUCGACAAGGUGAACAGUGUGAGAUGCUCUCAGAAGGACGGUGAAAAAGCACAUUUAUCUUUAGAAAUACAAGGGGCCAAACAGCCUUUGACUGUAAAUACAGUCACUCUCUCCAUAGCUGAGAACAUGGCCGACCUCAUAGAUGGCUACUACCGACUGGAGAAAGGCAAUGACGCAUCAGUAAUUGCCAGGCCUAACAAAGGUCGAGAGAAACAAAUAUCCCUACCUCCAAUUCCAGACAAAGGCGGCGUAAGCAAGCGCAUCAGCACUGAGAGAGUAGGGUCAGACAUAUACGCAGAAAUCCCAGAGCAGAAUGCUGUGCAGACUGUGAAGUAUGGCCUGGCGAGGGACGAUAUUGUCCUGGGUCGCAUCCUCGGCGAAGGCUUCUUUGGGGAAGUUAAUGAAGGCUGCUACAAAAGUCGGACUGGUGAGAACAUCAGUGUGGCUGUGAAGACGUGCAAGGACUGCGCUCCCGAUGUAAAGGAGAAGUUUAUGAGUGAAGCAGUAAUCAUGAAGAACCUGGAUCAUCCCCAUAUUGUGAGACUUAUCGGGAUUAUUGAGGAAGACCCGGUGUGGAUCGUCAUGGAGCUUUACCAGUAUGGAGAGCUUGGAAAUUACCUGAUAGAGAACCAGCGCACCCUGACCAACGUCACCCUGCUCCUCUACUGUCUCCAGAUCAGUAAAGCUCUGGCCUACUUAGAGGGGGUUAACAUGGUGCACAGAGACAUUGCUGUGAGGAAUAUACUGGUGGCGAAGGCUGACUGUGUGAAGCUGGGAGACUUCGGCUUGUCAAGAUACAUAGACGAGGAGGAGUAUUACAAAGCCUCCAUCAGUCGACUGCCCAUUAAAUGGAUGGCACCAGAAUCCAUCAACUUCAGACGGUUUACAACAGCAAGUGAUGUGUGGAUGUUUGCUGUCUGCAAGUGGGAGAUCAUGAGCCGUGGCCAGCAGCCUUUCUUCUGGCUAGAGAACAAAGAUGUCAUCAACCAGCUGGAGAAGGGCGUACGUCUGCCCAAACCAGAGGCCUGCCCCCCAACGCUCUACUCUGUCAUGAGCCGCUGCUGGACCUACGACCCCCACCAGAGGCCAAAGUUCACCGAGCUGGUCUAUAAGCUGAGCGACGUCCACAAGAUGGAGAAGGAGCAGGAGGUUGAAAUACAAAGGGACAGAGCUCGCUCCUGUAGAACUGUACAUGAGCCCCCACCAAAGCCAUCACGGACGAGGUCCUCUUUUCGCCAUGGAAACACCUCGGGCCUUCAGAUUCAGCUGCCUGAGGGGCUGUGUGCCAGCUCGCCCACCAUCGCUAGCCCGCCGGACCCGCGCGCCACCUUCCUGCAGGGCAGCUGCACGCUCACACUGCCCGUGUCGCCACGCCGACGCAGUAUGGGGGAGAGAGAGGCGCCGUCCAGCAAGGAGGACGCUCAAAUCCUCUGGGAGAUGGAGAAGCUGCACAUGCAUGACACCCUGAGGAGACAGAAGCAGGAGAUGAGGGAGGACAAUGACUGGCUCAAACAGGAGGAGAAGAUGCUGGAUCCAAUGGGACAGGAUGAAGCAAAUACGAAUUGUGAGAGAUCAGGAUAUGCCCAGUUCAAAGGUCCUCCAGAGAAGCCUCCUCGACUGAGUGCCCAGCCAGCCCCAACUGCAGAGCUGGAUCGGUCGGAGGAUGCGGUGUACAACAACGUCAUGGAGAUGGUGAAGAUGGUGGUGCAGCUGAAGAACGAUGUCAACAUGCUGCCCCCCUCUGAAUACGUCAACUUGGUGAAGUCUGUUGGGCUGACCCUGCGGAAACUGAUCAACAGUGUGGAUGAAGCCCUUCCAAACUUGGACACGUCUUGCAAGACAGAGAUUGAGGGCACUCAGAAGCUGCUGAAUAAAGACCUGGCAGAGCUGAUCAGUAAGAUGCGUCUGGCUCAACAGAACGCCAUCACCUCGCUGAGGGAGGAGUGCAAGAAGCAGAUGCUGGCUGCGGCGCACACUCUGGCCAUGGACUCCAAAAACCUCCUGGACGCCGUGGACCAGUCCCGGGUCCGGGCCAAUUCAGCCAAACCAGCCUCUGAGCCAACUUAGCCCUGGGCCAUCCACCAGGGAUCUCAUCGCCUUGGUACUCCCCAAUCCAGAGACAUUCAGCUGGGGGGAUUCAAGGAGCAUGCUACUGAAGAUGGGGUUCUUAAACCUCCUCAGGGUCCUUAGAGGACAAAAGUGCCUUUUGACACCGCUACAGUAGUUCCCUCUCAGGUCCAAAUAAUAUUCAAUAAAUCACUAGGAUCCUAAUGACAUUUCAAAAUAUCAGGCAGGUUCACAUUCCCUGCAGUUUUAAUAGAACUGAAAGGACAUCUUCAGUCCACUAGUGAAGCUCUGAAAGGCCAUCGUACACCAAAUGGAGACACGUGACUUCUUUUUUUUUUUAAGGGUCACAUACAUGUGUGAAAUUAGAGAACCCUAUGCUGCAUAACUUGAUAAAACUUAUAUUUAAGAUGUCAUGAAAAGUGUAUUAAUGACCCGGUCAUACAUGUGUCUGUGUGUAAAGUAGAAACCACUCAAACACACACAGGCAGACCAGUAGUACAAUGUCUGGACUGGAGGGUCAUUUUCAAAACAUCUGGACUGGAGGGCCAUGUUCAAAACAUCUGGAUGUUGUGGGCCUUCAGUGUUACAUUCAAAAGAAAAUGAACUGAUUUUAUUUUACUGAACAUUUUUUUUUUUACCAUGGUACUUAAUAUUUGAGAAAAAGAGAAAAACAGGGUGUUUAUUUUUUGAAAGACAUGAAUGUUAUUGUGUGUCCAGAGUUUUUGCUGUAGGCAUAGCCUCAGUUUUUAUGAAAUAAAUACAUAAAAUAAUAA